GAGGGUCGGACCGUCUCCUCCGCCGCGGCUAACCAGUCUUACCGUUGGACUUCGAGCGACUGAAAUUCAGAGAAAAGAACGAAUAGAAGUUAUUUCAUCUCGCAGGUACACUUCUAAACUGUUUUAUUCCUGUCGCCGCGGCUGGAGCUCGAGUUCGAAGCUAAGAGAGCUAACGAGCUAAUCGUGCCCCCCUCCCCCUCGUUCGUCUCCUUCCCUGCCCGGGAUCAGGGAGCUUCUGCCGGGGAACGUUAGUCCCGGAUCCAGGAGCAGGAGAAGACCAUGGAGGAGAUGCUGCCGUCCAGCCCCUGCUCGACUGACCCGGAAAGUCCUGGAGGUCUGAACCGAGGCUGCCUGAUGGACCAGGCGGAUCUGUCCAUUGUGGUCCCGGAGACCCCCAGCCCGCAGCUCCCCAAGCGUCCCAGACGUCGACCUUCGGCGGCAGAGCGCUCCAGUCCGGCGGCGCUCCGAGACUCCGGACUUCCUGUGGAGGGCGAGCGAGCAUUUACCCACAAGUCAAAGCGCCGGCGCCUGUCGGGCCGCGGCGAAGACGUCAUCCUGGCGUCGACUAUCUCCAAUAUCGGCCGGUUCAUCGCCUUCUCUUCUUCCUCUUCAUCCUCCUCCUCCUCUUCCUCUUCAUCCUCCUCCUCUUCUUCAUCUUUCUCCUCCACCUCUUCCUCUUCCUCCCGCCGGCGGGAGUCGGUCCUCCACCCGACGCACACGGAGGCCGGAGCAGCGUCGCACUCAGACGCUCUCUCCUUCCUGACGGCAGAAGAAAGAAGCUGGCUGCGCGCUGAGCGAGCUCUGACCUCCACAGAGCGGGAGGCGGAGCAUGUGGUGAUCAGCGACGACGAGGAGGUGACGGUGCGCUCGCUGCAGAUGGAGGAGGACGAGGCGCUGGCUCGCAGUCUGCAGGCGCAAUUUGACCGAGAGGAGUCCCACAGCAGAACCCACCAUCAUCAUCAUCAUCACCAUCAUCGCCAGCAGGACCACCACAGGUUUUACGCGCAGAACCACUGGAUGAAUCAGGUCCUGGCUGCUGUCAAUCCUCUGGCGCACACUGAGCAAGAGCUGAUUGGUCGCUCCAUGCGAAGGGGGCGGAGUCGAUGGACCUCUGAGCUCGACUUCUCCGACGAAAACAACUACGAGGCUCUGCUGGCCUUCGAGGAUCUCCGUGGUGCCGUGGUGACCCACAAACUGAGCCGCCGGGAGAUCCAGAGGUUUCCCACCAAACGCUUCCAGUCUGCGAGCGCCGGCGGGAGCACGCAGUGUCAGAUCUGCUUCUGCGAGUACAGCGAAGGAGAGAAGCUGAGGAUACUGCCCUGUUUCCAUGACUACCACGUCCAGUGCAUCGACCGCUGGCUCAAGGAAAACGUCACGUGUCCGAUCUGCCGCGCUAACCUGAGCGACGGCGGCGGCGGCGGCUCGGCGGCGCCCUCCUGAGCCUGUUCUGCCUGUGAAGAACCACUCGUCCAGUCAUCUGUGUGUUUUUUUAUACUUUUAUUGAGUUGGGUUUCUGCCGCUGAAGCAUUGGGAAUAAAGUGUUGUUCAC